UAUGGCAAACAGAACAGAAGUUAUUCUGCGCUGGAACUGAACAGAGAUUUUACGCCGCAACGGCAGGUGAACUGCUUUAUUUCAUAUUGAUGAUCUGGAAUCCUUUGUUGAUUAACACAAGUGAGUGUUUUCAUCGAAGAUUCUCCAAUACUGAGGAAUUAAGAUCUGCUGGUGCUGGUGGAGCUAUUAUUUCACUUGGGCAACUUAUUCUUAUCCGCGAUAUCAAACAAUCUCUGGAAUUACAGCAGGGCCAAACUGUGACUUCAAGGGGUUAUGGAAGGAAAGCACACCCGCUGUCACGAAUAUAUAUUUUAUACGAAGAUAUUUAAUUACAACAUGUAAUACUGGACAACGAACAGAUUUGUACGCCUGCUUGCUUGCCCUUUGCUUUCAUGUACUGUACAGUGAAGUCAAUCGGAUCUCUAAUCUCAAAUCGCCCACCUGAGUUCCGGGCACGUGCAUGUACAGUUUGCUUCAACUUCAGCAACGCCACCUGAAAGAUUUGGAAGCGUUUUGAAGUAGCCUUAGCCUACUCGAAGGGAUGCCGAAAAGCAAAAACAAGAGUUUUAAUGGAAACAUGUUCUUGUGGAUAUUCGUAGUUCGUCCACGUGUCCAGUAACACUGCCUACCAGAAACUUUUGAGAAGAAGAAUAAAUCCCUCUGGUCGUGGAUAUUUUCAGUGAUAUGGCGAAAAAACCAUGAUAUUUGAUGAAAAUGAUUAAAUAGUAAAUAUAUUGAACGCUCAGAGUUCUCGUUACUCCAACGGAGCCUACAACAAUGCUCAGUGGAGAAGCUUUCUGUUUGAGCCCGGCUAUUUAAUGGGAUUUACUUGUCCCGAUGGGGAGGUCGCUAUUUAUUCCAAAUUUGCCUGCGAUGUCAAAUGAACAAGACUUUAAAUCUUCCCACAAGAGGCUAAAAUGGAUUGUCAUGAACCUUUGCUAAAUAUAGAUGCUCUUGGGUUUAAAUUGGUGGAUGUGCUCUUUUUGGUCUUAUCUACACCUAUAGAAGCUGAUUAUGAAGAAAAGUAUGUAUUUACAAUGAAUCUUUUAGAAGAAUAUAACUUCAUUUAAAAAAGAUUACAAUCAAAUGCAAGCGAUUUUGCCGCAACUGACAAGGAGUAUGCCACUUCCAUUAACCAGGAGGCUGUCCCAGUGCGUGGUUCUGACCUUCAUAACUUUCUUGGUCUCCCCAGUUUGCCUGUCAUCCCAACAUUCAUCUGUGGCCUCUCUGUGUGGGCGUCAGGGGCGGCCAUCGCGUGCCCGUCGCCAGCUGCACUUCAGGAACGAGUGGGGCUCCUGGAGCGGCUGGUCAGUGUGCUCACGCAGCUGCGGGGGCGGGGCUUCGCUUCGAACCCGCACCUGCCUCACCAGGAACCCCGUUGGGGGGCCAUGUCCAGGGGACCCCAGACAGUACAAGAUCUGUAACUCCAAGGAGUGUACCCCAGGCUCUGAGGAGUUUCGGGAACUGCAGUGCAAGGCUUUCAACGACAGGCCUGUGGUGGCCAGCAAUCGCUACAAAUGGACCACCUUCCUUGGAGGUCCCAACCCAUGUGAGCUCAGCUGCCUUGCCCUGGGACACAAUUUCUACUACAACUUUGGGAGAGUUCUGGACGGUACGUCCUGCCAGAAAGACUCGGGGGCCAUCUGCGUCAACGGCCGCUGCCUGAAGCCAGGCUGUGACCUGAUCCUGGGCUCAGAGCAGCAGGAAGACGCCUGCAUGGUGUGCGGUGGACACAACACCACCUGCUUGCAGCACCGCAAUGUGUACCAGGACAAUGGGCACAACACUGGCCCCCUUGGAUACAAUGAAGUCACUAUGAUUCCUGCUGGGGCAACUCAUAUUCGAGUGACUGACAACAGCAGGAACUACCUAGCACUCCAAGAUGGACGCUCCCAAUUUGUCAUCAAUGGACACUGGAAGAUCAGCGUUCCCGGGGAGUACAGCGUGGCUGGAACCAAACUCGUUUACCGGCGAUCCUCAGACAAAUGGGAGAGCUUUGAGGUCCCAGGUCCCACUAAGGAGGACCUGCAUAUCAUGGUGUUGGCCACUGAUAGGAAUUCUGGGAUUGAGUAUGAGUACUGGCUGCCUCCUGAUCAAUACGCCCUUCAUCAUGGGAGGAGGAGCCCACUGCGCCAGCCACACCACGGUGCCAGCUUCCCACCGUGGCACCUGCCAACUACCAGCACCACGACUAGCACCACUACAACUACCAGCAGGGCCCCUGCCACCCAAAGGCCAUUCUGGGUGCCUGCAGGCGGCUGGCCUGCUCAGCACCCUCCACAACACCCGCAGCCCCGCCUCGAGAGGGAUGAGACCCGCCGGAACCAGCUCCCCCGACUGUACCGUCCAGUAAACACUUUCUCUGAAGGGAAUUGUGGGAAAUGCAGGAAGGUUCGAGGUCGUGGUGAGCGCCAGAGACAGUACUGCCAAAAGGACUUUGUGUUUCGGGCCAAGGUCAUAAGCAAGCAGCAUCGUGGUGAGGAGACGCGCUACGACGUGCAUAUCAUCCACACCUACCGCAACCGUUUUCGCUUAGAGCACCGCGAGUUCCUGUGGGUGGCCAACGUCUGUGACUGUCCACAGCUCGAUGAAGGCCGCCAGUACAUCAUUAUGGCCCGUCGCCAUAUCAACUACGAGCACACCCUCAACCGCAUCCUGCUGGAGGAGGACAGCUAUGUCCAGCCCUAUCGGCCCCGAGAGGACGCUCACCUGCGCCCUCUGGAGGAAGUGUGCAGUAACCGCGGAGUGAGGACAAGCUAAACCUCACUGACCACGCACACGCGCACACACACACACGCACGCACACACACACGCACGCGCACGCAGGCAUGCACAGACACACACACACGCGCACAUGCACACACACGCACACACACACGCACAAGCACACACAUUCACACACCCACACAUGCACAUGCACACACAUUCACACACGCACACGCACACACACACACACACACACACACGCACACACAAACACACACACAUACACAUACACACACUCACUCACAAAAAUACACACACAUACACACAGCAGACACUGCACUUAUAAAAAAUGGUGUUAAAUUUUCAUUCAGUUAGACAGAGCUAAACAUUUAAACAUUAACAGUGAAGUGCCCUGUCUCCAGAGUCAGACCCUGGACCUACUUAAGUAACUGCUGGAAUCCUCAAGGGAACAAACAAUUACCUGUUAAAUGUCAGGCAAGGCCCAAUGGAAAUUGGAGAUUAUUUCAUUCUGGGAAGUGGCAAAACUCCAAAACAUGGACGUCACCCUGAGCCUGCAGCAGCUUGUCUGACCACGUGGUAUAGCACUUUAGGUGGUGAUAAAAUGGAGCCACCUUUAAACCUCAGAUACCAAAGACGAGCAGAGAAUUGUGCUCAGAGUUGCAGUCACAUACUUUGUUCAAACUGAAGCCUUCUGCAGCACUUCAUAAUGCUACCUGUCUGGAUUGACACCAGCCAAUUACUGUGUGUGUGUUGAUUGAAAUAUGUUUAUUUUUCAGAUAUCCUCCCUUGAUCUUUUCCCCCUUCCAUUUAUAUUUAAAAUGACAGUAUGUGUUGCUAUGUAUUGUAUUUAUAAGGCCAAAGGAUAUAAUCAUUUACAUGAAUUUAUACAGUAUUUUUGUGUUUUGCAUCAGAAAUGUUAAAAGAUUAACAAUGUAUUUCAUUUUAUGGAUAUACUUUUGGAAUAUAAAAAAUACAUUUUACUGAAGAUGAUUCUUAUGUGAGGUAGAUUUGUCACAUUUCACACCUUCAAUCUAUAUAUAUAUUAUUUCCCCAUGUGGAUUAUGUUUGAAUCAUAGGAAUCUGCAUUAGGUUCAGAUUCCAAACUGUGCUCAACCAUAAUUUAGUUACCGUCUUCAAAUGUAACGGUUUCCAAUGUCCCUUACAUCAUUUAUAGAAAUAAGGAAAAAUACAAUCAAUACACGUUGUUAACCCUU